AUGUAUUACGCUUAUUAUAUUCAUGCUCGACGGCAUAUCUGGUCCCCCAUACUUAACGCGUCUAGACUAUUCCAACAGUAUUUAGUAGAUGCGUCCACGUGUAUUGAAGAGAGUCGUCUUGAGUACAUAACCAAACAUCAGUCUAAUCUUUGGAGAGAUUAUGUUAGUGGCCUGUAUGAUGCUCUGUCAAAAGGAGACAGAGAGACACGUACUGUUGGGAAGCGUGUUUUCUUACCUGCAUCGUUUACUGGUGGGCCUCGGUUUAUGUAUAGUCAUUAUCAGGACGCACUUUCGAUUUGUAGAGUCUAUGGGAAUCCACAGUACUUCAUUACAUUUACCUGUAAUGUAGAAUGGCCCGAGAUUACCCGCUAUAUGGAAACACAUCGCCAAAGAGAUGUUCAUAGUCGGGCGAAUAUCAUUGCUAGAAUCUUCCACAUAAAGGUCCAUGAAUUCAUAGACUUCCUUAAGGCGGAUAAACCUUUUGGAGUUGUCGAUGCAUAUUUGUACACCAUUGAAUUCCAAAAGAGAGGCCUUCCCCAUUCUCAUACUCUACUUUGGGUAAAGGCAGCUGACAGAAUAAGAACCACAGCUGAUGUUGAUACAUAUAUCACAGCGGAGCUGCCAGAUCCUGUCACAGAUUCGGAACUGUAUGAGACAAUAACUAGCUGUAUGAUACACGGCCCGUGUGGACUGCUCAACCCAAAAGCUCCAUGUAUGAAAGAUGGUAAAUGCAGCAAGCAUUUCCCUAAGCCCUUUCUUGAUGCCACAUUGUUUGACACAGAAGGAUACGUUCGUUACAAACGUAACGCAUCUACGCACCAUAUAAAUCAACAUGGACAACUCAUAGACAACGGAUACAUUGUGCCUUACAAUAGAAGACUUUCGUCACGGUUCCGCGCACACAUCAAUGCUGAAUAUUGUGGAUGGAACAUGAUGAUAAAAUACAUAUUCAAAUACAUCUCGAAAGGAGCAGACCGUGUUAGAUACACAAUCCAAAAAGAAGAACUACCCGAUGAAUCCACCUCCGUCACAACCUCUGGUAAUCAGGAGGCGCCGCAGAAUCCUGAAGUUCGAUCUGUGGACGAGGUGAAGAAUUUCCUAGAUGGUCGUUACAUAUGUCCACACAAAGCAGCAUGGCACAUUCUAAACUUUCACAUACACCAUCGGCAUCCGCCUGUUCAGGUUCUCUCUGUACACGAAGAAAACAUGCAACAACUACUGUUUAAGGAAAACUCGACAAUACCUGAAGUGCUCUCAAACCCAUACAACACCAUCACAACUCUUAUAGGGUGGUUUCGCAGCAAUACAAGAGAUCCAGCAGGCCGUCACCUUACCUAUCUAGAAUACCCAAAAGCUUAUAAAUGGGAAAAGUCUUUCAAGUCGUGGAGCCCUCGGGUUGAUGAGUCAUCAAAGAUGAUAGGGCGUUGUCUUCGUCCAUCCUACGUCAGGCGAAUUAUUUUGUUGCUUUGUCACCAAAAGGGUUGCACGUCUUUCGAAGACUUACGGACUGUCUCCGGUACCAUUUACCCAACCUUCAGAGCCGCUUGCAACGCACUAAACCUAAUCGGCGACGACGCCGAAUGGCUCACCGCAUUCACUAAAGCAUCCGUCUGGGCAACUUCGCCACAACUUCGCUCUCUUUUCUGCCAACUUUUGCUUUUCUGUGAAGUUAGCAACCCGCAAACCCUGUGGGAAUUCGCGUGUGAAAAAAUGAAGGACGACUACUUACACACAAUGAAAAGGGAAAUGCCAGAUAAGGAUGUUGCCUCUUUUACGGACUUCAUCCAGCAGCAACUAUUAAACGAUUAA